AUGCUAAGCGCACAAAACAACAAGAAGCAGGAUAUCACGACUGACGGCGAGGCUGUCAACAACGGCGCAUGCACCUCAUCCGUCCCUGCAUUCCCUUUGAGUGGAGCACCAUGUGGACUGUCCUGGAGACGGCGCAUGGAACCCCUGUUGUGCUUAUAA